AUGGAAAGGCUAUACCAAUGGCACUACAACCGACUAUUUGGCCCCAAGGCCAGUGGUGAUCGCAAGAGCGUUCCAGAGUUCUGGCGCGAUACCAUUCUCCGAGCCUUUGCGGCUAGGCAGCUGCGCUGGACGAGGAAACACCGUCUCCAACUCAACGAGGAUGGUACUAUCGAGAAUCUACCGUUGAAGGCUUCCUGGCGCUGGGGUCCACACCGCGAGGGUCCUGAGUUCAACGGACUUUUUCAACCCCAACAUCUUACUUUAUCUGUGGUCGUCCCUAGGGACGAAGUGCACAUUACAGUACAAAGCAUUAUCGACAACAAUCGCGACAACAGUCCCUACAUUCCUACCCCUAAGGAUGUCAACCCCGCCCAAAUCAGCUACGCGAAACUACAACAAAUAAUAGCAGCUACCGACAAUUCUCCUUACUCUCCAUCAACACAUGAGCUAUCAUACCUGCAUCCAGAUCUAGCAACACACUUCGUGGAGAUAACAAACAAUGAAACCCUAGUAGACGCAUUGCGUCAUUGCCAGGAGUACAUGAACGAGAUGGUCGCAGUCUUUAUGAUACCUAGAGGGACAGAGAGCAAGACUAAGACGUUUACUACGAGUACUGAGAACAUCGCUGUUUUACCAGAGCCUCAGAAGAUAGAGAAAAAAAAAAGAGACGAUGCUAAAUAA